AUGCCGAGAUGUUGCAAUGAGAAUAAAAUAGUGAGCCCUGUGAGCACGAAUAAUAAAGUCGAGACCAAUACUGAGAAUAUUUUACUCACAUCUACUCGUGCAUAUCCUAUUGGUAAUUCUAAUACAGUUGAUUUUGAUGAUGACAGUAAUCAUCCCAUUGUAGAAAAAUCACACAGAAAAUUGCGUUGUGACUUGAGUCCAGUACCGACUAAUUCUUCUAGUCGUUUAAAUAUCAAACUUCUUAAUCUAAAGACUGAGCGAGGACAUCGUCAAGAGCAUUGUCAGACGGGCACAGGUGGAGGAGGGUGUAGAGGACGUGAAAAAGAUUCGAAAAAGAGAGCAGCUAUAGGCAACGUAGUGCGAGGGUUAUUUCCAUCUGGCCAUUCCAGACAGGACAGGUAUGAGGCAAGCAGGCAACGUGCGUCAGGCGGAGCUAGUGUUGGCCUGUCUGGUUUAUGUCCAAAGCUGGUGGCCAGUGGUGCCGGAAGUAGUCAAGGAGGAAUUGGUCUUGGAGUGGGUCAUAUAGCCUCACAAGAGACUGGAGGAACCUGCGGUAUUGUUAAUGCGCAGAAGACUCACAAUAGUCACCAUAAUCGCCGUCAGCGUAAAUUAUCAAUUAUUAAUCAAGUUGGUUCAAACGCUAGCAGUAAAUCCUCCUCAACGAAUCGUUCCUUGACAAACAGUAAAAAACAGCACCGUAAUUUGAGUGACAGUAGUGUCGAAACAGCCUCGAUAACGAGUAAUGGAGUUUUAUCUGGUGGCUCACCAUCGCCAAAGAAAAAAACUAACUCUAACAGCAUUUCUGAUGCGUCUUGUUCGUUGCAAAACUCGCAGUUAAUAUCGAGAGAUUACAGCAGCGGUGACACUGCUUGCAGUGAUGCUGAGGAGGUGGUAGAAAUUAUGUCAAGAGUAUCAGGCAUUGAUUCAGUGUCUAUUCUACCAGCUGUUAAGGGUAAAUCUAAUAAAUUAAAAGAUAAUGAUAAUAAUAAGACUGUUGAUAAUAAUCCACUAGUCGAAACUGACUCGGCGUAUAACGAUGAUAAUAAUGGGUUUAAAAAAUCGUUGCACGAGACACAAGAUGCUCCUGAAAAUUCUAAAACUAUUCCGGCAUCCAGUAAAAAAUUAUCACAAAAAAGUUUGGAUGUUGAUUAUUCAAACCAAGUCAAAAAACGAUCGAUGAUGCGCUCUUCGAGUCAUCCCAGGUCUAUGGACAGUAUGGACAAACAUCAAUCGCCAAGUGGAACAAAAUCGGAAGAAAGGAGUAGAAAGACUUCUAAAGAUUCUGGAGUGGAUUCUGGUGAAAGGAAAAAAAAUUCUAAUGACUCGGUGUCACAAAUACCUAAGAGGAAAAUUUCAACAGAAUCUACGGAUAAUUGUGAUUCAAAUAUUAGGAAAAAUUCAACUAAAACAAUUAAUAAUGAUAGUGAAAAUGAUAUUAUAAGUUCAAGUGAUAGUAGUGAAAAGACAAAAUUAGAAAAGAUUAAAAAUACAAGAUUUGUUACUUCUAAAGUUACUGAAGAAUCAACGAUUGUAGAAAAUAGAGAAACGGAAAUGACGGCAAAUAUUGAAGAGGAUAAUAAUCAAGUAACGAUAUAUGAAGAUGAUAAUAGUACGAGUAUCAGUGAUAUUGUAGCAGCUCAAGCUCUAAGAGAGUCAUUAAGUAAAUUAGGAAAAGUUAUUACAUUUGAUGCUGAGCAAGAUUUUCAAUCUAAUAAUAAAAGUCAAAGUUUCAGUGAGAAUGAUCCACCAAAAGAGGCUGAGACUAAAGACCAAGUGCAGGUCCAAGAAGAAACUGUUGAAGGAUUUAUUGGACCAUUGUUGGAUGAAAAUUUUAAAGCUGAUGAAAAGCUUGAAAAACAAAAAACCAUGGCGAUGGAAGAUGUUAGAAAUUUACUUAUGAAAGUUAAGGUACAAACUGUUGAGGAUAAAGAUGAAGAAAAGGCUAUUGGUAUGUCUCCUGAUGAACGUUUUCUUAAAUUUGAGGAAGAAAUUGGACGUGGAAGUUUUAAAACUGUGUACAGAGGUCUGGAUACUCAAACUGGAGUUUCUGUUGCUUGGUGUGAACUUCAAGAAAAAAAAUUAAAUAAAAGUGAACGAAUGAGAUUCCGUGAAGAAGCUGAAAUGCUCAAGGGUCUUCAGCAUCCUAAUAUUGUUAGAUUUUAUGAUUAUUGGGAAGUCACUCUUACUAAAAGAAAAUACAUUGUUCUUGUUACUGAGCUAAUGACCUCAGGAACAUUAAAAACAGUUGAAUUUAGAUUGCGUGUUCUAGAUCCUAAGAAGCGUACCAACAAGCACAAAGAAAAUGAGGCUAUACAGUUUGAUUUUGACAUACAGAGAGAUAAUGCCGAAGAGGUAGCAUUGGAGAUGGCUAAAUCUAUUCCAGCUCAAAUGCAAUCUGCGAUGCAGAUGAACCAUCCUCAGCAACAGCAAGUUAUUCGACAAGGCCAGACACAUAUUCAGUACACACAGACUCAAAUGCAGCAACAGCUUCAGAAAAUUCAUCCUAAUGCUGUUAAUUCAGCGCCAAUGCUUCAACAAAAUGUUCAGCAGUAUUAUCAACAAGGCAAUACUAGCACUGCUGCAUUUACCAACGCGACUUUGUAUCAACAACAGAUUUAUCAAUCUUAUCCUAAUAAUUCAAACGCGGCUGGACAUAUUGAGAUUUUACAAUCUGGACACAAUGCUCAGGCUAUUUAUUCAAACACUAACGUUCCUUCUAAUGUGGUGAUACCUACAGGGCAGAAUUUUGUUUCAACUUCUGGGCAACCUGGUCAAAUUGUCAUUCAAUCUACUCCAAAUGUUCAAAACUCUCCGGCGAUUCAAAAUGUCCAUCAGCAAAAUUUACAGGCGAGUCCUUGCGCUAAUAUUCAAAAUACUUCGGUGUUGCAAUCACAACAGCAGAAUAUGUUGGUGCAGAUGCAGUAUACUCAAAAUGUAAAUGCUAUUCCAGCUAAUAUGAAUAUUAUUCAGAAUAAUAGCAGUGCUACGCAGUCGACUAACAUUCAACAUCAAUCCCAGUUGAUAAAUGCUACUGAGAUUUAUAAUAAUGCUGAGAAAAGUGUGUUGAACAAACAGGACACUGUUGAGUCUGUUCUGUCAGUUACCUCUGAUGGACCUUUAAGUUUACAGCAAGAGCAGCUUCAAUCCAUUGCUCAAAAUCCUGUAUCUUCAGGACAAUUGCCCAGCUCUUCUGAUGGACAUCAGGAAAGCACAGAGGGUACGGUGCCAUCGGAAAAGAGUAGAGUCAAGAGAUCAGGAACAAAGCGUCGCAAAACGGGAAUUAAAUUAACAGUAUUAUCAGUGACCAACAGUGAUGGUUCAUCGAUGACCGUAGAAUGUCAAUUAGACACGAGCAAACAAAAAACAGUAGUAUUCAAAUUUGAUCGUAAUGACAUGGUACCGUUAGAUAUUGCUAAUAAUUUGGUGGCUGAAAAUUUGUUACCGCAAUCACAGUGUGAUACUUUUGUUGAAUUAAUUGAGGACAUUGUUAAACAAUUGAGAUUAGAUCCAACGCGUAGUCUUCCUCUUGUUGCACAUGGACCAGCUGAUCAGUCUGCUGGGGGAAGUCCUGUUACUAGUCGUAGACCAAGAGCUCGGGAGUACAAUCUUGAUGCGGUUAAGAGAGACGAAACAACAAAUUCAGGGUCAUCAAAAAUAUUGCCAAUUGACCAGAUAAUAUCCCACAUUGCUGCGACUUCAAUGGAUAAUAAACCACAACAGAUUAGUACCGUAAAUUCAAUAGAAAAUCUAAAUAUAGCAGCAACUACUACAGAAAACAGUAUAUCUGACGAAAUAUCAAGGCGAUCUUCAACUUCAACGCAAAAUACAGACACAUUGACACCAGUAAAUAUUCCAAGUGAUUCAAACGACAACUGUGAGACUAUUGUAGGUGAAGACAUACCUUUAGACUCUACUAAUAUCAGUAUGGAGGAUUCAAACGACACACAAAAAUUAUCAGGCAUAGAAUCUAACUCACAAAAUGAUCCAACUAAUUCAAAAGUAGAUGAUGAAACUGUUCCUGAAAUUGCGACAUUAAAUCAAUCAAACCGUAAAUUGGAAUCUCAAGACAGUAGUUGUGAAUCUUCUCAAGAAGGAUUUUUAGAGCCUAAAAAAUCCGUUCCAAUGCGUAAAAUUUCACGAUUCUUAGUCAGCCCAGUUGUUGAACAAAAAUCUAUUUCCAGCGAGUCUGAUACAGUUACCGUUUGUGAAAAUGUACUGAAGUUACCUCAGCAGUUAUCAAGAUUAAAUUUAGAAAAUAGUUUUGCAAAUACUGAAGAAGGAUCUAAUUUAAAUGACAUGGAUAAUAAUAGCAGUGAAGUAUCAUAUGCGAAACAAUUACAGCUAGCGCAACAAUCGCAACAAUCACAACAAAUUCAAAAUAUGAAUCAAGUUCAGAUGGGAGUACAGCAAAUGAUGGGUCAAAUGCUUCCUAAGGGAGUUGUUACCCAGACGAAGCAAGAGACAGUAGUUCUGGUACAGACAACAAACCUAGCUCAGCAAACAAACCCCCAAUUGCUGCAAAACGUUCAAUUUCAACCAACUGCUUCUGGAGUACAGCAACAAGAACAACCUUUGACUCAGUAUCAAACGCAAGUUACAGUUCAACAGCAUUCUGUGAUUCAGCAUCAGCAUCAACAGCAAGUUGGCAUUCAGCAGCAAAAUAUUGUGCAGCAGCACAUCCAGGAUCAGAUAUCAGUUGGUCAAGUUCAGCAUCAAAUACCACAGCAGUUUAUUCAGCAGACACUCUCUCAACCAGCUGUUCAAAAACCACAACCACAAGCUGCUUCUCAUCCCUAUGUUUUGAUGCAGCCUCUGCCGCAGCAAAUUCAGCAGAAUAAUGUUGAAGAGUGGCUUUGUAGAGGCUCCAGUGUUUCUUCAGACUCUCAUACGUCUGAAACUCCGAGUGUAACACAGCUACAUCAGCCGGAUCAUAAUCAGAUUGGAACUGCUGAUCAGCAGUAUCAAAAUGUUCAUCAAAAUUUACAGAAUGUUAAUCUUUCUACUCCAAUGCAAAUGUCAGCACAGACUGUGGAAGUGACUCCGAAGGUUAAAGCUAAAGAAGUGUCUUCUACUCUUCCGGAUCUUGCUCAAAAUCUUGCUAAUAUUUUGUCUAAUCCUAAAAAGUCUACCACGCCGCAUAAUAUUAUCAGUCAUGAUCAGUUGAAUGCUACUGCGGCUAAUCAGCAUCAGUCGAUUCCGGUUUUGCAUUCUGAACAAUAUUUUCAACCAAUUCAACCUGAGAUGCCGCAAAUGAAUAUGCAGACUUAUGUUCAGUUGCAGAAUUUCCAAGGACAGCCUCAACAGCAAGGAAUUCAUGCGCAGGCUCAAAAUCAACAAGAGGUACAGCAGAGUAAUUAUUCUCAGAUUCAGAAUCAAAAUGAGGUUCAACAGCAACAACAGCAGCAACCUCAGCAGCAGGUUUAUCAUCAACAAAUCCAAAGCCAAGCUGAUGUACAGCAACAACAGCAACAACAACAACAAAUUUAUUUAUCUCAAAUUCAAAACCAAGUUGAUGUUCAACAACAGUAUCAUUCCCAGAUUCAAAGCCAAACUGAUAUUCAACAACAACAACAACAACAACAACAACAACAACAACAGACCUAUCACUCGCAGAUUCAGAAUCAGGCUGAGGUCCAACAGCAAGUUUAUCAUCAACAGAUUCAGAAUCAAACUGAUAUUCAACAACAACAAGCUUAUUCUCAGAUUCAGAAUCAAUCAGAUAUUCAACAACAGCAACAACAGCAACAGCAAGCUUAUUCACAGAUUCAAAAUCAAACUGAUGUCCAGCAGCAUCAAGUUUAUAAUACUCAAAUUCAAAAUCAAACUGAAGUUAAGCAACAUGUUUAUCAUACACAGAUUCAAAAUCAAACUGAUGUCCAGCAGUCUUAUCAUUCUCAGAUUCAAAACCAGUCUGAGUUAUUACAGCAGCAGCAGCAGCAACAACAACAACAGCAGCCGCAAAUCUAUCAUUCUCAUCAGCAACAACCAAUUCAAUCGGUGGCUCAACAACAACAACAACAACAACAACCACAACCACAGCAGCAACAAUCUCAACCACCAAUGCAACAAAUGAACCAACAAAUAGAUCUUCAGAGUCAGGUUGUAACACAAACGAUUCAAGGCCACAGUCAAAACUUUACAGUUCAGGGUCAGUGGGUAAUGCCACCUUACUCUGGUCAUAACGUUGCUCAAUCUGCGCCAAUGCAAUACGUCCAACAGCCUAUUCAAAACUUGCAACCUGUUGCUCAGAUACAAUCACAAUCACAAGAGCAAGAUAAUUUGAAGUUUCCGGAAUCGGACAACACAGUUGAUGGAAGUGUCAGCAGAAGAACUAGCUCGGAUUAUCAUACUCUAUCUGAGCAUGAAAAUUCGAGUUAUGAAAUAACUCCUGAGCAUACGAUGUUAGUAGAGUCUGCGGAUCUUGGAUCUAAUUCUCACUAUUAUUUCCCUCAACAGCAGCAGCAUAAGCUGAGCCAGCAGAAUUCGCUGGAUAAAUUAUCAGAGACUGCUAAUAAUAGUAGUGGGACUUGUGGGCCGCAUACAAUAGCGGAUCUUCAUCAGAAGCUUGUUCAAUUAACCAGUCAGCCUUGUGAUACGCUGAACAUUGGAACGCCGCCGAUAAGCCAUCCGGCGACUCCUCAUGGGCAGUCGAACAACCUGUGCUAUGAGACGCCAACUGCUGGACAUCAUUUGCCGCAAAAAACAUCGGUCAAUAUACCAACGUCCGUCCACUCAAUUGGAUUUGUCUCUCCUCAGACUACUGUCCAUUCUCCGGGGACUAUUUACAUUGACGCCAAUGUCACCAAUACCUUUGACAACAAUCAAAGUGACCAAACAAUGUCGCAGUUCGUUCAAUCAAACACUGAAAGUGCGCUAGAUAGUCCAACUUUGAAUCAAACUUCUAAUGCCGAGACAAUGAGUCCUAGCAAAGAGAGUAAAUCUAGAAGUCAACGAUCAGGUUCUCGCUUUCAAGAGCUGGAGCAUGAGUUGUCUAAGAUUCAUCACCGUGGACUAGUUCUUUCUACGUCCUCGCCCCAGCCGAUAACUCCACCAGUCCCGGCUAGUAAUACUCAGCAAAUUGUUAAUCAACUCCCGUCACAGUCUGUUACUCAGACUCUUCUUACUCCGGUUAUUCCGGUUUCCAGUGUGGCCAAAACAACGCCUUGUGUCACUGGAACACCCGGAACUGAGACUCCUGGACAAGUUGACACGCCUGGACAAGAUACUAGUGAACAGAAAGCUUCUUCAAGUCAACCAACUAGGAAAAUUUCGAGAUUCAUGGUAUCCAAAGUUGUUGGACCGCCUGGUACGGGUGAAAUUUUAUCACAAACUCAAUUGGAACAGAAACAGGUUCAACUUCAGGAUGAUAAAAGAGAACGGACACAUACUAUUCAUCAUAUGGAUGAUAUUCAAAAUGCAGUUCAAGUAAUUCACAGCCGUGAAAAUUCAAUACCGCCAAUUUCAUCUUCUACACCAUCUAUUACUGAAAUUGAAAAAGAAGAAAGGAUACAAUUAUUGACUCCAAGCGAAGAGUAUCAAAUGUUAAUAAAAAGACAAACGUUAGAAUUGGAAACGUUGCAAAAGAAACACAGAGAAGAAUUGGAGCUAUUCCAGCAGCAACAGCUCCAGUUGCUGAUACAACAGCAGCAACAGGCGAGCGCGUUGCACCAACAUCAACACCAACCUCUUUUAUACCACACUGUUGCCUCAACUGUUACAGGAUCAUCAAGACCUUUGGCAGUAGAGGAUUACUUGAUGUUCAGCACAGCUCCACAGACAUCUUUCCAUCGUAUUUCCAAUUAUUCGCAGGAUACAGAAGAGACAUUGCGCCUAGCAACCCAGAAGUUGAAGCAAGCACCUCAACAGCACACGGGUAUUCCUCAUACUUAUGUGAUACCAAUUCCAAUAAUGCCAUCAGCAGACAAUAUUCAAAACGUUCCAAAUUAUACAUCAGAACCAGAAAUAAUCGGGUCUACAAACGGUCCAACGACUGUGUCAAGCCAUCCGCAGUAUCAGUUGACUUCAAUACUCUCUGAUGGCAGUAUUGGGUCCGGACCAAGCGGCUCUUUAGUCGCCUCAUCGGCAAUACCAACAGCCAGUGGACCCAGUUACAUUCACUAUCAUGAUCCAAAGACUUUAGCCAAUUUUCAAGCAUUCAGUUAUACACCUCACAGUGGAUUUUUCCUACCUGCUGGCUACCGUCUUAUUUACGCACCAACUGGGACUCCUCAAUCCCAACCAACAACUCCGGCUACGCCUCACAUUGGCAAUUCACACGAUGGUACUCCUCCAGGAGAGCCGCAAUCGGAACAUACCCAAUCCAGCACUUCCCAAUUAGAACAGUAA